CGGCCAUCCAAUUCCUCGCUCGCAAAAAGUCACACCACCUUGCCCGAGCUUCCUCCAAUCCGAGCGUCAAGUUGCCCGAUCGCUAGUGUCACAACCGGAACAAGCUCGAAUUCACCUCAUUCAACCUACCUCCAAGGCAGGACACAACACCACCACCACAACCACGCAACAACACACACUCUCCUCUCAUUCAAGAUGCUCUCCGCCACCGCCGCUACCCGCACCGCUGCCGCGCGCACCGCUGCCGCCGCCGCCGCCCGCAGCAGCGCCAGCCGCGGCCUGCACACGACCCGCGCCCGCCUCUCGUCGCCGUACCACUACCCCGAGGGCCCGCUGUCCAACAUCCCGUUCAACCCGCGCAAGCGCGGGCCCGGCUUCACCAUCGGCUACUGGACGUUCUGCGUGACGGGGUUUAGCCUGCCUUUUCUCGUUGCCGUCUGGCAGACGUACCACCCCGCCAAGGCGUAAAGUGGUGGGCUGGGUAUCAUUGGCUCGGAUGCUGCGGCAGAUUGUGAGCGUGGGAAGAUGGUACUCGCGGCUCCCGAUGUUCGCGUGAUACGGGGCUGGGAAAAGGCUUGUGGGCCGGGGAGGGGCCUGUGUAUAUUGAUCCGGGGCCGAUAGAGUAAAACAUCAAGACGAUUUGUUUCCUUGGGUCGCUCUAGUGGA